AUGGACUCUAAGCCACUUGAAUAUCUUUUGGGUCUAAACUCAGAUGGUUCGGUGAAAAAGGUGUCUGAGGUGUUCGAGAACCUGACAGUCACCAACACUGUCUGCGCUUUCAUUGCCUUAUUUAUCAUUGUACCCAGAGUCUUUGAUUUCCUUCGAAAUCUGUUUUCUCCUGUCAUCUCAAUCCCUGGCCCUCUCAUCAACAAGUUCAGCCCUUGGCCACUGGAGAUUGCCACAUUCAAGGGGAAAAGCCAUCGGUUUGCCCGUGCUCUUCAUCGCAAAUAUGGUCCCAUUGUGGUCCUUGCCCCCGGGAUGAUAUCUAUUGGUGACUCCCAGGAAAUUAAGCGCAUCAUCCAGAGCGAAGACUGGGCCAAGUCCGAAGCCAUCUACGGGAAUUUCAGACAAGAUUUCCAUCGUCCAACACUUCUGGCUUUUACUGAGAAAAAGGCCUACUCUAGACGCAAGCGCAUGCUAUCCUCCAUGUUUGGUAUCCGCUAUAUCCGUAGUCUGGAGCCUCUCAUGAAGUCUUGUGUUGAUGCUGGUGUUGCUCAUCUCAACAAGCUUUGUGACAACCCUUCCAAGAGUACUGUUAUCAACCUUCAGCACUUUAUCCACGGUUUGGCUAUCGACACCAUUGGAGUUACUACCUUUGGUGGUAGUUUUCACGUUGUCGAGAAUGGAAGUCAUCCUCUCCCAUCUCGCUUGAAAGCUGGUAUGAAGAUCUCUGCCGUGAUGCAACUCAUCGGGUGGAUCAAAUACAUCCCUUUUCUGCCCAAGCGAGAUCCCUACAUCGAGAAGUUCACAUUUGACAUUGUUGACAAGCGUCGCAAGGAGGCUGGAGCUGUCAAGUACCAAGACCUUCUGCAGCAUCUCGUCGAUGUCUGUGAUGACUCUCCCGGCUCUGAGUUCCGCACCUCAGAUGUCCAAGAUGAGAGUGUAAUUCUGCUGGCGGCAGGAAGUGAGACUACUGCAAACGCAGAGCUCUUUACAGUCAUCCAGCUUCUGAAGCACCCCGAAGUGAUGAAGAAGCUCAUUGCAGAAGUUGACAAGUGGUAUCCUCCAAGUGAGCCCGACCGGGUUACCGAGUGUGCUUACUCUCAAACUGGCAUGACCUAUCUCCAAGCCUGCAUCGACGAGACCAUGCGUCUGAUUCCUGGGCAGGCGACUGGAAGUCCACGAGAGACAUCCAAGCAAGAGUCUCUUCUUGGCUACAAGAUACCCAGAGGGACUACUGUUUUCCCCAACACUCAAGAAGCUCAUCUUGACGGCAGCAUCUGGGAGCAACCUGAGAAGUACAUACCCGAGAGAUGGCUCGAGAUCUACUCUCAGAAUCAGACCUCCGCCAUGCCCUACUGGCCUUUCUCUGCCGGGAGCAGAAUCUGUGUAGGAAAGAACUUUGCUUUCCAGGAGAUGCAUAUUUCCCUAACGACUCUUCUGCGCAAAUUCACAUUCGAGUAUGUCCCGGGCCAGGAUGAAACAACCGUGUUCCGCAUUGCGCAGCAACUGGAGACGGACUCUUACAAGGUUCGGGUGAAGAAGAGGUUUUAA